CAUCAAUAGAUAAAGAUAAGGCUAUAUAAUACGCUUUGGCUAGUGGAUAUUUACAAUUGUUUUAAAGUAGCCUAACGUGAUACGAGGAUUUUUUUUAUUUGGAAGAGAGAGGAUAUUGUUUUUGCGACGGAGUGGCUUUGCGCGUCAAGAUACCUUAUUCACUGGAAUGUUAUCGAGUAAAUUACUUCGAUUUGACUCGUGAAAAAGUGAAAAGCAUGAGCCUUUAUAGCCUACGUAUGCUUUCAAGUUCAUAGCCCACGAAUACCGGUCGCGUUAGACGUUUGUUGUAUUUCACUAGAGCAAAUUUAACCACGGUAUCCAAUUUUGGCAGUAUACUGUAAUAGCUUCUGCUUGUCUGCCAAAAGAUGACGGAAAACAAUGAGAAGGAGAAUGAACCGCAACACCGGGACCUCCAUCGUUGCCCGAGCACUGUGCCUAUUCAGCCCGAAUCAAAGCUGCAGCGACUAAAGCGCUCCUUGUCCUUCAAGUCAGUGAUGCGCAGCAAGAGCGUGGACAACUUCUUCCAGCGCCCCAGCAACGGAGAAGUCCGCCUGCCGUCUGGGAUCAUCCACGAGCCUCCGCUGACCUCCUCGCCACCACCCUUCGGGGAGACGCCCCUGACCUGCGAGCGCUCACCCUCCCUCUCCCCUUCGCUCAGCCCCAACCCCUCGCUUUCGUCCCGCUCGCCCUCCCUCAGUCCUUCCCUCUCCCUGACCUCCAAAGCCCAGCUCCAGGGCCGGCUAGUGAAGACCCACUGUUUCCAGGAGCACGUCUUCCGUCGGCCCACCUGCUGCCAGCAAUGCAAACACGUGAUCCAGGGGAGCUCCAAGCAGGGUCUGCGCUGUAAAGCCUGUAAGCUGGGCGCCCACCUCUGGUGCUCCUCUGAGCUGUCCCAACAGCCCUGCACAGGAAAGACGGGGGCCUUUAAACGGAACUUCAGCUCCCCUCUCUUGACUAACGAUAUGUUAGGGGUGGUCAAGGAAGCUCCACCAUCGCAAGAGUCUGAUAAAGGGGGAGUUGACCCUGUGUAUGAGGCUCUGCGUUAUGGAACGUCGCUGGCACAGAUGAGUCGCUCUAGCUUCGGAAGCAUCACUGAGUCCCCUAUUCAUAAGGUGGAGAGAGUAGGGGAGGGACUGGAAACGCAACCAAUCGUUGAGGAGGAGUUUGUCCCUGAGAACUAUCAUUAUACCCAUCCAUUACACAGAGAAGGCCUUCCAUUGACAAAACUAGCUCUCAAUCCUCCUGAAAGUGAGGCUGAUUCAGAGGACAGGGUCAGUCUGAAGACUCCAAAGCGCAUCGACGUCCACUCUGUACACACCUAUGUGGCUCUGUACAAGUUCAUCCCUCAGGAGAAGAAUGAUCUGGAAUUACAACCUGGCGAUCGAGUGCAAGUAACUGAUGACUCUAAUGAGGACUGGUGGAAGGGGAAAAGCAAAGACAAGCUGGGUUUCUUCCCCGCCAACUUUGUACAGAGAGUGCGCCCAGGUGAGCGUGUGUGGAAGGUCACGGGUGGUUUCCAUGGUGACCGUGACAGAGGGCAGAUGACUGUGAAAGAGUCUCAGAUCUGUGUAGGGAAGAACGAAGAGUUGGACGGUUUCCUAAAGCUGAGCAGUGGGAAGAAGAGAGGUCUAGUCCCUUCCAAGUACCUUCUGGAGAUAUGACUUCCGUCAAAGAAGGGAAUUCUCUGUGUCCCGACCCUCGUUCUGCCCUGAAGACCACCCUCUAUCAGGAGCGCUUCCCUAACACCUCACUGACUGCCAACCCCCUGGAUGUGGAAAUCGACCCUCCCACCAACACCAGAAAACAUAGAAAGGGAGGGAGAAUAUGGUGGACACUGGCCAGGAUCGAAUUGGUUACACUGCUUUGCUUGGAGUGGUGGAAUAAUUUUGAGAGAAAGGAGGGGGGAGGGCUUCUGUUGAGCUAGCUGCUUUACCUGUGGUGUACCCUCACACUCUUUUACCUGUUCACGCACACACACACACACACACACACACACACACACACACACACACACACACACACACACACACACACACACACACACACACACACACACACACACACACACACACACACACACACACACACACACACACACACACACACACACACACACACACACACACACACACACACACGCACACACACACUGCACAAAGACACUGAUGCUAACAAUGGCCCUGGAGCUGGGGCGGCGUGACUGUAGCAGGCAGUGGUUGUCUGAAAGAUGUAUGGAUACCUCACAAUCUACACAAGCACAGCUUCUGCUUGAGCCAAGGUGGAGAAGACUGGCAAUUAUUCGCCGUGUGGUCGUGUGACCUUUUGGAUUUCAUGUGAAAGUGAAAUUUGGACGUUUUUGUGAGUCCAAGUUCUGUAGCAUUUUAUUGUAGCAGCUUGUUGCGACAAAGCUCUUUUCCUUUGACGUUGUCCUCCCAGCCAGAUAUGGUAUAGCCGCAUUCCCUGUGGCACAGAAUAUUUAGCACAUUGGGGCAAACCAAAGUGGGUAGGUGGUGGGGUUAGAAGGGAGCCUCAAGGGCCCUAUGCUUGAUUUGAGGAUUGUAGCUUGGACAAUGUAAUUGAAAGUGUACUGUUGAGUCAAAUGUAUUGAUGCAUGCUUCACUCACUCCCUGACUAUUGGGAGGUUCAGGUCCUUGCAUUUCAUCUUUGCUAACCCCCUUCUUUCUUUACAUUGCUCAAUCCCAUUUGACAAUUUGUUUAGCAAAAUGGCUAACAGUUUUUUUGUGCAAAAUGGCUUCCGUGGCAUCAUCCAGGUGGGUGCUACACAUACCUAUAGGUGUUGGAUGAGGUUUAAAGUGCUCCGAGCAUCAGGAAAAGCGCUAAAUAAUAUCAAAUCCAUUAUCGUCAAUGAUCUUUACUAUUAAGAAGGGUUUAGCCAGGAGAGCGAGGGGAGACACACACACAUGUUAAUCCUGCUGUGAUGUCCUUCCCAACGAUGCGUGAUUAUUUGGGACCUCUAUCCCUCUUCCCCCAUUUAUUUCCCCCACCUCUCUGUCUGUCACACAUGCUCUCUGUCUAGCUCUCUCUCCCUCUCUGUGAUCACUGAAGGCUUAGAGCUCUGUGACUGCAGCAGAGGUCACAGCGGUCACAGCACUGAGACAGUGUAGCAUGAUAAGACACUCAGACACAAAGCUUAACUUAAAAGUCAUAUUCAUCCCUCUAUAUGGGCUCCUCCGCAGGCCUCUGGAUGUCAGCCAUUUUCAUAGCAUUUUAUAGUAAGUUAGUAAUACAUUAUUCUCAUGGAAUGUGUUGGGAUGCAACCACCCGACAGAAUUAUUUUCACGUGCGCAAUGUCCUCAGCCCUUUUGGUAAUGCCAUGUUGUGUUUUUUUUCUUCUGUAUCUUGUGUUGAAACAUAUCAUUCUAACACUCUCAAAUGCCUAGGAUUGUUUUGUGUAUCCUGCUGAAUUGAGAGUGAAAUGUCUAUGAAGCUCUGGAUAAGAGCGUCUGCUAAAUGACUUAAAUGUAAAUGUAAAUGAAACACUGGAUACAACGUCCUGUGGAUGUCAUUACUUCCUUUGCUGAUUUAUUCACUCUAGGAUUCACUCCGUAGCAGUCAGAAGCUUUCUUGGCAAUAACCACUUAGUACCAGUCAAAAGUUUGGACACACCUACUCAUUCAAAGGUUUUUCUUUAUUUUUACUAUUUUAUACAUUGUAGAAUAAC